AUGGCCAGUGCGAUCGACAGCAAGGCGCGCCAGCUGUCGCAACCGGACUGGUCCACGUAUUGCACUGACGUGAUUGGCCGGGCAGUGCUGACGUCAGCCAGGAGGUGGAAGAAACAACUGGUGGGCGGCAGCGGCCAGAGAAGAGAGGAGCGAGGGGGCGAGGUGGCAGCAGGGGAGAGUGGUGGGGCUGCUGCCGUUGGUGAUGGGGCUGGGGGGAGUGGUGGGGAGCGGGAGGGGUUGAGGGGAGGGGGUAGCGAGGCGGAAGGGGUUGCGGGUGGGGAGUGGCAGGGGAGGGAGUCGUGGGUUCAAGGGGAGGCGGUGAGGGGGGCAGUGGAGGAUGGCAGGUGGGCGCUCUACUGCCACCUGCUGGCCCACCUCCGAUUUAACGAGCAUGGCAGGGCUGACAGCCGCAUAGCACGGGUGGUGUUGGACGAGCUGGUGGUGGAAAUGGCAGGUGGCGGCAUAGGUGGCGGCACAGGGGGCCUACAGCGGUGGCAGCAGGGGGACAGGGGUGGUGGGGCUGAAGGGGGGGAUUGGAGGGUGGGAGGUGGAUGGGGAGGCGUCGAGUGUUGUUGGACAGGGCAGGGGAGGGGAGGCAGCGGCAGCGGCAGGGGAGGAGUGAGCAUGGGUGAUGUGCUCUCCCUAUUUCGAGAGGAGAAUCGAUCCUCUCGACGAUUCGAAAAGUCCAGGAAUGAGGUAUCACUGCACAAGUGGGUGAGGCGCAACGUGACAUCGGUGGUGGCCAUCUUUGAGGACCGCUUCCUCCCCUGGGGGCUGCACCGCUCCUCCCCCCUCCCCGUGCCUCGUGUCGCCCACCCAGCCUUAUCACAGCAGCAGCAUACGUCCCAAGUGCCCCCCGUGGCAGGGGGUGGGGUGGGUGAGGAGGGGAGCAUAAGGGCAGCAAGUGGCACAAGGCAGUGGUGGCAGGGGCAGAGGAGGGCGAGGGAGCAGGGACAGCAGGCGAGGGUGGGAGGCCCGGUGGGUCUGGUGCGGCGCACCGUGGUGGGCAGCAGACAAGGGGAGCUGCGACAGCUGAGAGGAUGGAAGCUGCUAGUGGUGGUGGCAUUGAAGAUAUCGGAUCUGCUGCUGCCGCUCUUCAAGGCGGCCGUCAUAGCAGCAGGCAGGGCCGUCUCCUUCCUCCUCGUUGCUCUCAUUGGUCACUCGCUGGGCCUUGUGUACCGGGGCAUCCGGCAGAGCUGGGGGCAGGCACUCUAG